CAGAUUCUUUUUCACGCAUGCGCAAAAACAUAAACAGCUUAGUGAAGCCGCUGUAAGAAGAAGUAGUGCGGUUCUCGUUCCUGGGUUGUGUUCGCUGCUUUCCAUGUUAUGGUUCGGCUUCGGGUUCAGAGGAUUCGGGCAAGUGGGAGAAGGGGAGGGGCAGACCUUACCCGGGCCCGAACCGGUACACAUUAGAGGGUCAGACCCGGAGCGGAGGAAGAUCCUCAGAGCGGCUCCCUCCUGGAGUUACUCGGCUUUGGUGACAGAUGACGGCUCUUUGUUUUUGUCCGGAUUCCUUGGUGGAUCUCCCCGGCAGUGUCUCGGUCUCAGCGGCCUGGAUUGUCGGGAUGUCCUCCCAUCAGAGAAAUACAUCAUCGUUCUAAUGAAGGACAGGGUGGAGUGCUGGAACACCAACUCCCUACAUCCCCCCGAUGGAACGCUGCCAGAGCCCAUGUGGAAAAUGGAGGUGUCCCCUGGAGAUAAAUCCGUCUUCCCCUUGGUGGGCAAUGGAUACGUAUCACACCAACCUCCAUUCUUCAGGGAGCUCCCCACCCCGGUCCAGGCUCAGAGGAUUGCACUGGGGAACGAGCACAUUGUACUGCUGACCACUGAUGGGAAAAUAAUGACCUGGGGGGCCGGCAGACAUGGACAGCUGGGACACGGAGAUGUAGAAGAUGUCUGGGAACCUCGUAUAGUGGAAGCUUUACAUGGGGUACCAAUGAAGGAAGUGGCAGCUGGAGGAUGGCAUUCUGCCAGUAUCAGUGAAGGUGGAGACAUUUAUUGCUGGGGAUGGAAUGAAUCUGGCCAGCUUGGGCUCCCAUCAAAGACACAAGCACAAGAGAGAAUGAUCCUUCGGGAUGUGAGUGCAGAGGAUGAGGAUGAUGAGGACAGUGGAUAUAUUGCAGUCCAGUCCUUCCCAGCAUUGAUUGACCUCCCUCAGGAAUCAGAAGCUUCAAAGAUAAGCUGUGGGUCCCGUCACACGGCUGCAGUAACACGUUCUGGCGAGUUGUACACCUGGGGGUGGGGAAGAUAUGGCCAACUUGGCCAUGGAGAUCUGAAGAGCUUGGAUCAUCCAAAACGUGUGAAUUUUUUUCCCCCCAAAAAGUUUUGUGUUAUAGAUGUGAUAUGUAGACAUUGGAAUACGUAUGUGUUGUGCCAGGAUGCUGAAUAAAUAUUUUAGUUUAUCA